GCUCGUUGUGCGGUAACGUCGGAAAAGACUAGCUGUGAAUGUGGUUUUAGAUAAUACAUUUCAUCGUAUGAAUUACAUAAAAAUCAGUCAUUGUUUAUCAAAAAUCCCCUGAUAUCUUACCAAUUGGAUGACAGAAUAUCGGAACUAAACGUUUCAACUGGUGGAGUGCUGUGUGAUAUAAACGGUGGAUCGUAGGUUUUAUAAGAGCGUUUCAUAUCAGAUGAGCUUGAAAAUUGAACGCCUAAAUAUUUGGAUAUAACUUGUCAAAAAAACUACUUCGUAACAGGCACUUGUAUCUUCGUACGAACACUUGGGUUCUUUCAUUCAACCGUUAGUUGAUCGAAAUACACAUACUGAGAUAUUCAAAUCCACCUAUCAAGUAACGGAUUUUGGCAGUACACUGCCAUAAAACCUCCAGAGAUUCUGAGAUUGUCAGUAUAAUCUUAUUCGUUCUACUGCAAAUAUCGAGGAAGCAGAUCAUUACAUGUAAUAUGACCGUGACUGAAAUGAGCAAUGGAACUGGCGAAAACAAAAAGAAACAUUGGGGACCCGAGCGGCGUGUUACCAUCAGUAGAGAACCAGGACUCAAUUUGGGUUUCAGUAUCGUUGGCGGCAAUGUCGACGUCUACAAUGGCAUUUCUGGAAAGUAUGAAAACAUUUCCGGUAUCUUCAUAAAAUAUAUUUCGCCGAAUAGUCCUGCUGCUAAAACAAACAAGCUUAAGGCUGGCGACCGCAUCAUUGAAGUCGAUGGAAUCAACUUAGGAAAUAGCACUCACGCUCGAGCCGUAGAAAUGAUUCAGAUAGCGGGUGACCCAGUACAUCUUCUUGUUCAGUCUUUAGAACAUUCUGGUCCUGAAAAUUACAGUACCAUACGGAAUCGGCGAAGGUCAAAAACAUCUGGUCACCAACAACUGCAAGAAACACAUUCAAUGCAAAUUUAUGACACAACAAAUUCAUCCACAAUAUCAAUUAAUCAAGCACAAUUGAUGACUAAUCCCGAAAUUCCAGAAGUAAUUCAAAAAGGCGCCAUGGCUGGUAAUCGGAACGAUGCGAGGACCAAUACUAUGCAAGGGUCGAGAGCUGAUGAACUAGUUGGAAUGGAAGGCCACGCACAUCAUCUAGAAAAUCAACAGUCUUCAGCUAGAAUGUCAAUACGGACGAAGACUCAAAUACUACCUGCAAAUGACAAAUCACACGAUCGAGCCCCUGAGAGAGUUCCGAAUAAGAUACCCGCUCUAGAUUCUGUCAAACUAAAAUAUUCUUCUGAAGAGAGUUCAGAAGAUGAAGACACAAGACACUUAGAAGGAAAUGUGUAUACAAAGUCAGGAAUGGAAAUAUCGCGGAAGAGUGCAGGAAAUGUUAAACUGUCGAAAGACGAAAUAGCAGGGGAUCCAGAGGGAGAAGACGAAUUUGGCUAUACUUCUUACAAAAUCCAAAAAAAAUACCGAGGAUAUGGUGGUAACGUCAUCAUGGUGGAACUCAAAAAAAAUCAAAGAGGACUCGGUAUUUCACUUUCUGGACAUAAAGACCGAAAUAAAAUGACUGUCUUCAUUUGCGGAAUCAAUCCUAAUGGAACAGCGUUUAAAACCGGUGGAUUCGAAGUAGCUGAUGAAGUUAUAGAGGUGAACGGACUUGUGCUGCAAGGUCGAUGCCAUUUGAAUGCUUCCUCUAUCAUUAAAAGUAUACCUGGAAAUGUUUUCAAAUUCAUCGUGGGGCGGAAACCAUCAAACAUAAAUGAACUUGCUGUCAAACCACUCAGCCUGUUUCCAUCCACACAUGAUGAAGAGGAUGGUAAUCAAUUCAAUCAGUAUAAAGGAGUUCAUACUGUAUCGAUAAAAAAGGGACAAUACGGAUUGGGCAUAAUGAUAAUUGAAGGCAAGCACGCUGAAGUUGGACAAGGCAUAUUCGUAUCAGACAUUCAAGAGGGUAGUGCUGCAGAACAGGCUGGUUUGCAAGUUGGUGAUCUCAUACUGUCCGUUAAUUUUGACUGUUUGCUCGGAUCAACGUAUGAUGAGGCAACCGGUCUCCUAAAGAAAGCAGAAGGUGUUGUUACGCUCACGGUUUGUAAUCCUAACCAAAAAAAAGUCGCUCAGGAAGAAGAAAAAAAUAAACAAUCGGAGUUGAGUAACUGUAACGACGGUGGAAUUUCAGCGGAAGGAAAUUCUGUUAAAUCAGUUCCCUCCAAAGAACCAGAAAAACCGAAAGAGCCGGAGCCUCCACAAGAUCCCAAGGAUUGCAAAAUAGUCGUUGGACGGGACACAACUAUCGAAUUUAAAAAGGAACCUGAUCAAGCUAUCGGUUUUACUAUUGUCGGUGGUUCGAACACCGUAUUGGUCGGUAUAUUCAUACUUGACGUUUAUGCGGAUGGAUCAGCCGGUAAAGACGGUCGACUAAAAGCUGGUGAUCAAAUUAUCGAUUUCUGUCAUCAAAAUUUUAAAUCCAUCGAGUACGAAACGGCUCACGUUGCGGUCUCAAAAGCGUCGGGAUUGAUACAUAUGGUGGUCUUCAGAGAAGAAAAACCGUUGGAAGAGAUAGAAGUAGAUUUCUCUCAGAAACCGGGAAAAGGGAUUGGUAUUUGCAUCACCGCAUUCAACAGCACUCCUGGAGCAUACAUUUCAGAAGUACCUCAAGGACUUGUCCAAGGCUCAAUAAAUGUAUCAAUCAAUCAAUCAAUCUCUCUCUCUCUCGUUUGCCUACGGGCGUUUUUGUUGCAGAUUAAAGCGUGCAAUUUUUCGCUUUUCACCCUGACAUAUUGCGUUUCGAAGGACCUUUUCCGAAAAAAGUGUUAUCUUGGGUGAAAAGUGGUGAGCGACUCCUAACCUAGAAACUAUCAACGGCGGUUGGUUUUCUUUCCUACCAGCAUCGUGGUUCGUCUACGCUCAUGCUCA